CUGCACUGCAAUGGAUGAAAGUGAUCCGUCCAUCCUCGAGCAGCUUGAUCUGGUGCAGCUGACGUGCCUCAAUGAGGAGGAGGAGCACACUCUCAAGUCGAUCGUCGGCUCGAGAACCAAGAAUACCGGAGGAACAUACCUCCUUAGCGAUGCCGACGAGCAGCUGCUGUUGAAUGUGACGUUCAACCAGACAGUCCGCAUACGCUCCAUCUCCAUCCAAUCGUCGAAUGUGGCGCAAGCUCCCAUGAGAAUCAAACUUUUUCUAAAUCAUCCAUCCUUGGGAUUCGACGAUGUCGAGGACGGAGAGGCUGCACAAGAGUUUGAGCUCACAGAGGAGCAGGUGCAACAGGGGAAGCGGAUUCCUCUGCGGUAUGUCCGCUUCCAGAGCGUGAACACCCUUCAUAUAUUCGUAGAGUCAAAUCAAGGUGGUGAAGACCAGACGCGGAUCGAUGCGAUCGACUUUUAUGGAUUCCCUGUCGUCGGCACCAGGGACCUCAGUGGACUGAAGAAAGUAGAGGACGAUUAGUAUGUACGCGAGUGUCUCAGUCUGUCGAGGAAAAGCCACGAUCACUUGUAAUUGUACGGUAUUCCGCACCCUGUGCAGACAGUACCGAGGGGUGCUAUUACAUAAGAAUAAUUUCG